GAAGUAGAGCUCACAAUUUCCUGAGUCACUGCGCCUCCGGUUCGAAUCUGAAACGAAACAUCCCAUCGACUGCCUUUUUAAUCUGUGUCUGAAGUUCACAGUUCAUUUAACAAUGGAGGGCUCCGUGUCAAACGUGGAGGUGUGCAACUUUGCGUACACGGGACAGUUGGAGAAGUUAAGGCAGAGCAUCCUGUCAGACAAAACGCUCGCCUGCAAAACGGACCAGGACCGCCGGACCGCACUGCACUGGGCCUGUUCUGCUGGACACACCGACAUCGUGGAGUUUCUGCUGGACCUGGGAGUUGAAGUGAAUCUGGAAGAUGAUGCCUUGUGGACCCCUCUUCACAUUGCUGCGUCUGCGGGCAGAGAGGACAUAGUGCGAUCUCUGAUAUCUAAAGGAGCUCAGCUGAACUCAGUGAAUCAGAACGGAUGCACCCCUCUGCACUAUGCUGCCUCCAAAGACAGAUAUGAGAUUGCCUUGCUGUUAUUGGAAAACGGAGCAGACCCCAACGCCACUGACAAGUAUGAGUCCACUCCCCUUCACAGAGCGUCCACCAAGGGAAACUACCGCCUCAUCCAGCUUCUCCUCAAACAGAGUGCCUCCACCAACAUCCAGGACUCCCAGGGCAACACACCACUCCACCUAGCAUGCGACGAGGAGCGCGUGGAAGCCGCCAAGUUACUGGUGGAACACGGAGCCAGCAUCUACAUUGAAAACAAGGAGGAGAAGACGCCCCUGCAGAUGGCCAAGGGUGGUCUGGGCAACAUACUUCGUCGGAUCGUGGAGGGAUGAUGCAUUUACUGACCUACGAAGGCAUAUUCCAGCUCAAAUCCCCGCCACAGCCAAGUUGCACCCUGAUAAUUCUCGUCCCAGCCGUUCCUCCUAGAGCAGCCUGGUGUGACGCGUUCAGAUGUGUAACAGGUGAGAGCUGAGACGGCGUCAGAGAGAACAGUUCGACUUACCCGCGUGUUCAACAGCUUCUCAGCACGGGGGUUUGAAGCUGUGCAGACCCUAGACGUCAGAUUAAGAACACUCUCCUGCACUUAGCAGUCUAACACUGCAGCCUCUUUUCUAUGAAGUCUGAAUUGUUGUAAAAAUGUACUCAAUAAAAAUCUGUGUUCAGCCAA